AUGAUCUCUAAAGUACUUUCUCUCUGUGCUGUAGUGGCUCUCACCAACGCAGGAGUCAUACAUACAGGACACCACCACCCUUCUGUCUCACUUAACCCAUUUCAACCAGAGUUGGCUAAUUUAAUCGCCAACCCAUCUAUACCUUUAACAUAUCAACACCCCUUUAACUAUCCAGCUAAUUUGUACCCCAAUCUGCCCCAGCAAUACCAAUAUGCCCCUACUAACUACCCAUACACCUUGGCCCCACUCCAAUACGCACCUGGAUUUGAAGAACUGGCCGUUAACGAGCCGGUAGUGUACGUAGAACCUGUAUUACGUUCACAUCAGCACGUCAUCCCAGAGGCUGUUAUCGAAGCGAAGCCGGAAAUCGAGGAGAAACCUCACUACCUUUUUGCCUAUUCCGUCAUGGACAACCAAACUGGAGACAACAAGCAACACCAAGAGAGCCGGGAAGGUGAUGUUGUUCGCGGUGAAUACUCACUGCUGGAAUCUGACGGAACUCUACGAAGAGUUGAAUACAUCGCUGACCCAGUGAAAGGUUUUAACGCUGUGGUUAGUCGCACAAAGCCAUAG